GUCGGUUAUUAUACCGUAAGGGAUUAGUAAAUGCAGCUGCCGAACUAACUGAUGUACGGAGGAGCUUGGGUUCCACGCGGCAGUGAUCCACCGGAGACCUAACGCCCAAUAUUCUGUUCGUUUUCUGUUCAAUCUCUUCGCACCAAUUCAUUCAUCUCAUAUUCGGACCGGUUUCUGUAUCCAAUCUCUUAUCGGAGAAUUCGACGGCCAACAGUUUUUGUCCACAUUACAGACACUAGGAUUACUCGGCGAUUAUCCGCUUCCGUAAGAGUGGAAAGUAUCAAAGUUAUUAACUUCCUGGUUGGGUGGUUCUCUGAGUUUUCUGGAGCUUGAAAAGCUUGGAUAGACUCAGAAACUCCAAAGUCCGAGUGAGAAGAUUGACAGCACACGGGAAAUGAGUGAGUUUUGGAGAAGUUGGGAAAUGUGUUGAAGAAACUACUUAACUUUGUCAAAUUAGGAAAAAAAAUAAUGGAAACUAUUGUGGACAGUGUUGAUAUUCCUAUAUCUGGUGCAGAAGGCUCUGGUAUGGAGGAAGCAGGUAUCUUGCAAAAUGUUCAAGAUUCAGUAGGAGAGGUUCAGGUUGACAACUUGGGGAAUGAUGAACACAAUUUGGAUGACGAGCAGCACAAGGAUUCGCACCUCGAAUCUAAGAAUCAAAACAAGAUACUACUUGAAGAUUUGGCUUCAAGGUCUUCAGAAUUAAGACAUCUUCAAGAAAAGCGAGACUUGCUUAAAGCAGCCAUUAAAAUGUCAUCAUGUGACCAGCAUCCCAUUGACUUCUAUGUUAAACAGCUGAGUGAUCAAGUGGAAGCAAGAAGACAGGAUCUUGCCAAAAUGGAGGCUCAAUGGGAUGCCCAAAGAAUAGUUCUUGAAGAGGAAAAGAUGAGACUUGAGGAAGCUCUCCGUGCAACACAACCAGAGGUUUAUGUGAAAUUCAAAAAAUUGGAAGAGAUUGAUGAGGAAACAGAGUGCAUCAUAGCUGAAAUCAAAAGAAGGGAGGAAGAAGUUUGUGAACUUUCUGCAGAACUCGAGAAACAGCCCAAUUUGGAACCAAGGAAAACUUACAUUCAACGGAUAAUAGAGAUCACCAAAAACAGCCGGAAACAGGAUGUUGAUGUUGAUAAAAUCCUAAAAGACACACGGGAGCUUCAAUUGGAGAGUAAUUCUAUCCAAGAACGCCUUCAUCGAACUUAUGCUGUGGUGGAUGAAACAAUAUUUAGGGAAGCAAAGAAAGACCCGGCAGGGAAGCAAGCUUACAGAAUCCUCACUAGCAUUCAUGACAGCUUUGAACAAAUAGCUGAAAGACUUCAUGAUACCGACAGAGCCCGGAGGGAAAGAGCUGACAUUGAAGCUAAGCUUGCAAACAUGACCUCCAGAAGCUUAGACAUUGAAAAGCUCAGAGCAGAUCUUGAUGCAGUCAAGAACGAAAAUGAUCUCCUGGAACGAAAAAUCCUAAGCAAUUCUUCCAAAAAUUCGCCAUAGAUAUUUACCAUGCAGUAUUGAAUACAGUUUCCUAUUGAUAUUUUAGUCGAGCGGGGCAAGUAGUGUUUCUUGAUUUGUAGAUCUAUAUGUACUCUUUAAGGAUAAUCAUAAGUUCAUAACUGUAAAGCUUUCAUUUCAUACAAAGAUUAUCUCAAGCUGUGCUAAA